UCACAACGCUUCCUUAUCCAUCUCGUCUGUGGCAGUUUUCUCGAAAAAGAAUGAACGAAAGGUUGAAGGAAGUUGCAUCUUCUGGAGAUAUUGACACCCUGUAUUCGAUACUUCAGGAAGAUGCCUAUAUUUUAGAACGGAUAGAUCAGGUACCUUUUGUGGAUACCCCAUUACACAUCUCAGCAUCAGCAGGACAUGUCCCUUUUUCUUUGGAGAUCAUGAGGUUGAAACCAUCCUUAGCCAAGAAGCUUAACCCAGAAGGCUAUAGCCCUAUCCACUUGGCAUUGCAAAAUAACCAAACAAAAACUGUGUUGCGGCUCGUCGAUAUCGAUCGAGAUCUCGUAUGCAUACAAGGGAGAGAGGGCUUAACUCCAUUGCACAUUGCAGCCUCGGGAGGCAUGGAUGAUAUAUUGGCCAAGUUUCUAACUUCAUGCCCAAAAUCUAUUAAACAAUUGACCAAUCGUAAUGAGUCUGCUCUACAUAUUGUUGUUAAAAGUGAAGAUAUUGAAUCGGUUAAAAUCUUGCUACAAUGGAUCCAACAAACAUGCAUGACCUCAAUACUUAAUUGGUGUGAUGACGAAGGAAACAAUGCCAUGCAUCUUGUGGCGCUCGGAAAUCAAAUUGAGAUGGUGAAGCUUCUCAUAAACAAAGUGGAUAUGAAAGCAAAGAAUUUGGAAGGCAAGACAGCACUAGACAUAAUGAAAGAACAUGGCCUUGUUGAAGACAAAGAGGUAAAAGAGAUGCUCCAUGGUUCCCACAUUCUCAGAGAUGUUGCAAAAUUUGUGUGUUCAAUAUUAUUGUUUGUGAAGAGAUUAGUGAUUACGGACCAUCAUGAGAUCCUUUACAUGUCUAAAAAGGAUCGGAAUGCCAUAUUAGUAGUUUCUGUGCUCAUUGCCACUGCAACUUACCAAGCAGCUCUAAGUCCACCCAUAAGUCCACCUAGAAAAGAAAUGGGUUUCUUCCCUCUGGGGUGGAUCUCAUACGAAUGCUUCCAACAGUUAAAUACAGUUGCAUUCGUUGCUUCAAUGAUAGAGAUUUGUGUUCAUCUUCCUUCUGGGAUUGGCUACGCUCUCCAUUUGGUUCUUCCUUUGGUCAUUUGCUAUGCAUUAUUGGCGAUCGUUUCGAGGUCGUACUUUUCUUUAGUUAUCACAAGUGCAGUCAUUUUUUUGCUUAUUUUGUCCAAAAUUCCCUUGGUUAGACAGAAGGUGAAAGGAGGUUUUAAGCCAAAGAAUCCUAACAAACUUGGUGGUCGCUUCAGCUUCAGCAUGGAGAAAGAAUUGACAGACAUAAGUGUGCACUUUGGUCCCAGUGGUUAGAGCUUAAUUAUUUUCGUGAUAUUUGUUUUUGAAUUCCACUAGUAAUACUUUAAAGCGCUAUGUUUGCAAUUGAAUAUGGAUUUUCCUCAUGUUGAAGAGAUUGGAUAAGAAAAAU